AUGAAAACAGAAAGGAUCUUAGCGCUCAACCAAAGUGAACCUACCCAAAGAGCAAGCGAAAGACUUAUUCAAUCCUGACGACAGUUAUUUCAACUUCUAGUUGGAUCUGACACUGUUUGACUCGUGUUCUUGAUAAUAAUUGUUUUCAUCCCGUUUACUUACCCCCGCGAACGCAACUUGAAUUAAUUCAACAUGCGCACCAUCACCCACCAAGGCAGCGAGGAGUCUGAUGGAUACUCGACUGAUAACUCUGAUGUCUCUAUGGGCUCAGAUCUCCUGGAUGGAUCAUCUGAUGUAAACUUCGGUAUCUUGUUUGACGUGGAUGGUGUUUUGGCAAGAGGCAGCACUCCUCUGGACCCUGCAAAGAAAGCCAUUGAGAAGCUGAAAGAUUCUGAGGGCAACCUCAAGGUCCCAGUGGCGUUUGUUACCAAUGCUUGCAACAGGAGUCAUGACAAAGCCCGCCAGAUUAGCAGUUGGUUUGAUUUGCCGGUCAGCCCAGAACAGGUUAUUCAUGCACCCACCCCUGCCAAACUUCUGCGUCAGUUUCAUGGAAAGCACACUCUCGUCAUUGGACAAGAGUACAGACUCGAGAUUGCUGAAGAUCUUGGUUUCUCAAACUGCUGUACUAUCGAAGAUGUGAAGGAGGCUUAUCCCUUACUGGACAUGGUGGACCAUGCUAACAGAGUGCAAGUGGCUAAGCAUGGCUACACAGAGAAUCCCAACUUUCCCAAAAUUGAUGUUGUGCUUCUCAUCGGAGAACCAUGCCGGUGGGAGUCAGAUCUUCAACUCUUGAUCGACUUGCUGCUGACUGAGGGCAAACCAACCGCUGCCCCAAAAGACCCUCACAAUGUUCCUCAAAUCCCCAUCAUUGCCUGCAACAUGGACCUCGUUUUCAUGGCUGAAGCUUGCAUGCCCCGAUUUGGUCAUGGCGCUUUCCUCCUGUGUCUAGAAGCUCUGUACAAGAAAAUCACUGGUAAUGAACUGCAGUACAAAAACCUUGUGGGCAAACCCUGUGAAAUCACAUACCGCUUCGCCGAACACACUGUGGCAAAGAUUGCAAAGCAGAUGGGAAACACAAAGCCAAUCAAACGACUGUACUUCUUUGGUGACAACCCUUCAGUUGAUAUUGUUGGUGCUAACCUGUAUGACCGCUACAUCAAGCAAAAGGACACGAAUGGAAAUGCCUUUGAUCUUCCCGUUUCCCGACUGAUCCCAGAGAAUGAGGACCUGCACGAACAGACCGUCGAAUCAUGCCACAGUAUGCUGGUCGGCACUGGUGUGUACAAACAUAAGCCAGAGUCUGACUCCAUCAACGGUGGAAGCGAAACAUCCACAGACUCCUCAAAGGGAGACGUGUACCACGGUCACAGAGACAUCGCCCAUGAACCAGAGUUGUCCAAACCUCACCAGUAUGUCCAUGAUGUCCACGAAGGAAUUGAGUACAUUUUCAGGAAAGAAGGCAUUGCUCACUAAUGUCUAGUAUUUGUUUUUAUAGUGUUUUGUACAGAUAUUUAGAGAGGUUGUCUUGAAUGAGGCUAAGAAUUGUAUAAAAUGAAUAGUUUAUAUUGUUCUUGGUAAAGCACAAGAUUAUUGCACAAAAUUAGCGCUGAAAAACAAAUGGCAAACUUGUCUGAAAGAUGUGUUGACAAAUGCGAUGUGAAGGUCAUGAUCUAACGCUGUGAUAAAGGAGGGAAAUGAUGAAGUGCUGUUGUGGAUGAAGAGAAGAUGUUGACUCUCUGUGUGUGUGUACUUGAGUGCGUGCCUGCCUGCCUGCAUCUGUGUGCGUGUGUCUGUAAAUGACUGGUGUAUGAGCUACAAAUAUAUUGCACAAGUGAAUGUUUGUUCUCAGCUUGAGUAUGCGUACUGGGGUGUUUAAAAGUAAAAUCCAUUCCUGCCAAAGAUGUUUGAUUAUUUUGUGCAUUCAAUGGUAAAUGUAUGUAAUGUGAGCUUGAAGUCUUUUCCAAAUUUCGAACAUUGCAUAGUAGAAAAAGUGUUCAAUUCAUGAGCAUAUGUUUUUACAAGUCGUAUUCCCAUCUUUAAAGAUAUAAAAAGACUUCUUGUUAUUCAUGUACUUUAACUUAUUCUCUACUUAUUGUCAUCAAGAACACUCUCAAAAUGAUAGCUGUGGAGUGGGAAAAGAAGACACAGUAGUAAACAGGUGGUCUUUUGAAAUAUCAGCUCCUUCAUGGAUUCAAAGAUGAGGAAUGGAAGAUGGUUCUUGUCAAGGAAAAGAUUUUAUGCUCACCUUGCAGUCAUGCACACAUUGCUUUGAAUUUGCGACAUGUUUUGUGUUUGUAAAAACACAACACUACUGUGUCGACUCAAAAAUGGCAUUUUCAUUUGCAUUCUCAUUCUGAAUGCAAGAAAAGAUAUUUUAUUGAACAUAAUUGAUCAUGUCAAUGUCACCUUAUCUGUCAUAAUGUGGUGGAAGUCUAGUCGCAUAUGUCUGUAACUAUUCAUGCCCUGAAUUUGACAAUCAUUGCAUCGUGACAUUCGUUGUGCAUUCCUUUAGUAAAUUAAGAAGGGGGUAUUUUUAUAUUUUUCCUGCGUGGUACAUUUUCUUUACUCUCUCAAAGGGUUCUUCUCUCUCUUCUGCAAUAUAAUAAAUAUAAAAUAUAUUCAACCUUUUUUAGGAGAUAGUAUUUCAAAGGAGACUCCUGUGAGUAAAUCACAUUGUAAUAAACUGUUGUUUUAGUCAGGACUGAAAGAGACUUUUUGACAUAGUUGGACUUGUGAUACCCUUUACGUUCAGUACAUAAUGAGUCUCAGUUUCAGUUGCAGUCCUUCAGCAGUGUACAUUCAGAAUAGAAAAUUGGGAUAUAAUAUAUAGUUAUGGUAGAUUUAUCUCACAAUUGAGUUUUUUUGGGGGGUUUGUUAGUUGUUGGUGUUCUGUUGGGUUGUUGGGGGGAGGGGGGGGCUACUGGUAGCUUGGAGUUGAAGUAUAAUGUUUGCCAUAUUCAUCAUUCUUAGUGAGCAAUGUUUGUUCACAUUUUAACUUAACUCUGGGCCAAUACAGAUUUCCCCCAAGUGUGGGAUUUACCAGGCUAGUUCAUCACGUGCAUCAGAAUUAUUGAUCACAUGUAAGUGAUGGGCUGGAAACCUUAAGGCUUUCACCGAAUUUAUGGUUGUGUAUUAUAUAUUUGUAUAUAUAUAGAUAUAUAGAACAUGUAAAUAAGGGGAUACAAGUCAUUAUAUGUACAUUAUAUAAUAUGAAUUUGAUAAUGUUGACAGUUUUUUUAUAUAUUAUAUUCUUAAUGACAUACUUAAAAUGAGUUUGAUGAAUUAAGAAGAGAACCACUACAUAAAAGUAUGAAAACAAAUG